UCAUGACGUCACGACCACGCAGUGCAGGAGGAGCCUCAUUGACGUGUUUAGUCAGUGUGAUGAAACGCUUUUGUCGCCUUUUAUUUGACAAAGCUGAAGAGUAAUGUCGAAAGGACCAAGCGGAUUUGAAUGCACCCACAGCUGAUGAAUUCUCUUGGGAUCAGGAGCAUUUCGGGAUAAACCGUAGUGAUGGCUCUUCCCCAGGCACUUUAUGUCCUGCUCUGGAAGAAAAUCACCCACUGCAAACGUAACAAGAUUGGACUGUGUUUCGAGCUCUCCUGGCCACUCAUCAUCGUUGGCUUCUUCACUUUGACUCUGCCUAAAGACCGAUAUCGAUCAGAUGAUACCACAGGAUCAUCAACACCGCCCAGGAUUCAAGUAUUUAGCACCAACAUCAGCAAUCCCUAUUUGAACGAAGUUGGCAACGUUAACAACUCUGUGCUUUGGGGUUAUAAUCCAGGAACUGACACUGAAUCUGACACUGAAGAUAGGCAGCCACAGGAGAUGCCCAUGAGAAUGCGACUAUUACACCCGAUAAUUUUGCCAUUUGCCAUGGCACUGGCCUGGAUCUAUCCUGUGAUGAGGACCAUUCGGGAUGUGGUUUUCGAAAAGGAAUCCAGGAUGAAAGAAACCAUGAAAUUGAUGGGUCUGAGUUCAGGAACACUGUGGCUCAGCUGGUUCAUCACCUCUCUUGUACCUUCCCUGGUGUCUAUUGUACCCCUGGCUGCUCUUCUCAAGUGGGGUCGAAUCGUGAAAUUCACCAGUCUGGGUGUUUUGAUUUUUUUCCUUGUGGCAUUUUCUACCGCCAACAUCAUGCUGUGUUUCCUCAUGAGUACUUUCUUUUCCAAGGCCAACCUGGCCACUGUAUGUGGGGGGCUGAUAUACUUAAGCCUCCACAUACCACCCUUACUGUCUCUGACGUUGAAAACCACCACCAAGGCAGCAACAAUUUUUGCUAGCUUUCUGUCUCCAGCGGCCUUUGGGUUUGCCUGUCAGUGUUUCUAUCCUUCUGAAUCGCAAGGCAUUGGGAUCCAGUGGAAUAAUAUCGGAUCAAGUGUCAGUGAGAAAGUCUCACUGAACUUUGGAAUAUUUAUCAUGAUGUUUUUUGUGGAUGCCUUCGUCUAUGCUGCAGCAGCUUGGUACAUUGAUGCUGUCUUCCCAGGUCAAUAUGGCUUGCCCCUGCCGUGGAACUUCCUCUUUGAUAUCAACUAUUGGAAGGGAAUUCAAGUGGUGAAAAGCAGGCAGAUUCCAGUUGCCCCAAUGGAGGAGAAUAAAGAUUAUGCACAACACCAUGAGGAAAUAUUGGAUUUUGAUCUUGUAGUAGGAUCUUUAGCGAGAAAAGAUCUCAUUGAAGCUGACCCAAGUAACCUGGUCCUUGGCGUCAGCAUAAAUAACCUGGUGAAAAUCUACAAGAAAGGAGCCGUGAGGGCUGUCGACCACCUCAACCUGAAGUUCUAUGAGGGGCAAAUCACCUCAUUUCUGGGUCACAAUGGAGCAGGAAAAACUACCACCAUAUCUGUUAUGACUGGUAUGGUCCCGCCCACCUCGGGGACGGUCUACAUCAACGGAAUGGACGUCUGCUACCACUUGAACAUCAUCCGAAAGACCCUGGGCAUUUGUCCACAAGACAAUGUCCUGUUUGACUUUUUAACAGUGGGGGAGCAUCUUUGGUUUUAUGGAUGUCUGAGGGGCAGGCCGAAAGACGAAGUGAGGUUGGAAUGUGAUUCUUGGCUUCAAGAGGUUGGACUUCUUUGUAAACGCCACGAACUUGUUAAAAACCUCUCUGGUGGUAUGAAGAGGAAACUGUUGGUGAUACUUGCUUUCGUUGGAGGCUCCAAGGUGGUUGUUUUGGAUGAGCCUACAGCAGGAGUGGACCCAUUCUCCCGUCGGUCCAUUUGGGACUUGUUGCUGAAAUAUCGCGAGGGCCGAACUAUAAUCCUCUCUACGCACUACAUGGACGAGGCAGAACUGCUUAGUGAUCGUAUUGCCAUCAUCUCGCAGGGAAAGCUGUGCUGCUGUGGCUCACCGCUUUUUCUUAAAUCUAAACUGGGAACUGGCUACACCCUGACUGUGGUCAAAAAGGACAGCGAUUCAUCAGGCGAUAGAGACGCACCCAGGCAGGGUCAUAGUCUGGAUAUUGUGGCCAAUAGCUCACCCAUGGAAGCGCUGCUGGCUCUGGCACAGUGUCACUUUCCUAGUGCCAGCCUUGUGAUGGAGUCCUUGCGUGAGGCAGUGAUCAGUAUACCCCAGGAGGCCUCCAUGAACAACCGCCUAGCUGACUUCCUUUCUGAACUGGAUCAGAAUCUGAGCCAGAUUGGAAUUAUCACCUAUGGAUUGUCUGACACUAAACUAGAGGAUAUCUUUUUACGAGUCGUGGAGGAAACUGAGUUGGAAUCAGAGCUGCAUGCUGAUCCUCCUCAUCAAUCAACAGAGCAGAAUGAUGAAUUUCAGGAGAAACAUCUGCUGAGUGGAUUUGGCCAAAGAGGCACCCUGACUGGAUGGAGCAUGACCUGCCAGCAUCUGAGAGCUCUCUUUAUCAAACGAUGGCUGUAUGCUCGCAGAAAUACUAAAAGCUUCUUUGCUCAGAUUGUGCUUCCUGCGGGGCUUUUGAUGGGAUUUUUGGCAAUCCCGGGCAAAAACAACUCCCUCCCUACUGACCAAGUGGAACUGUUGUUAACUGAAGAAAUUCAAAUAGCUUUUAUUUUGAUUGUGGCUAUUUCCUGUGUACCUUCCGGCUCCGUGCUUUUCCUGGUUGAAGAAAGAGCCAGUAAAGCAACACACCUCCAGUUUGUCAGUGGGCUCCAGCCAUUCCUCUACUGGUUGACAAACAUUUGCUGGGAUAUGCUGAACUACGCCGUCACAGCCUUUCUAAUGGUGCUCAUCCUAAUCACGUUCAAGAAAGAAGUAUACACCUCUGACGGCAUACUACGGGCUCUUAUCCUCCUCCUCCUCUUUUAUGGAUGGUCCGUCAUCCCCAUGAUGUACCCAGCAACCUUUGUUUUCUCCGAUUCCAUCACGGCCUACAUUUUUUUUUCCUGUGUCAACCUCUUCAGUGGAAUUAUUUGCGGUGGAGCAACAUAUUUUCAGAUAAUGUCUCACACUAAGGCCCCACCACACUGGACCUGGCAUAUCUUAUUCAUUUUACCUCAUUACUCCUUGGGAAAAGGACUCGUGGACAUGCAAAUCCAACCGCAAAUAACCAACAGCACCAUGGACCCUUUGGAGUGGAACAUUGUUGGGAAGAACCUCUUCGCUAUGGCGGUACAGGGUGUAUCUUUCUUUAUUAUCACCUUAAUACUGCAGUACAUCUUUUUCAAUGGUCACUGGAGUUUCCAAGACACUUGUCGUGGUCUGUCGUGCAUCAGGCCAUCGUGUGUUGGACCAAAGAUUCUUCCUCUUGCCCCAGAGGAUGAGGACGUGAUCAGGGAAAGGGAGCGUGUCAAAAGCGGCAACGCUGAUUCGGACCUCAUCACCAUGAUUGACUUGACCAAAAUAUACAAGGCUGGCGGGAACCCGGCAGUUGAUCAGCUCUGCCUGGGAAUACCUUCUGGUGAGUGUUUUGGCCUCCUCGGUGUCAAUGGCGCAGGGAAGACUUCUACAUUUCGCAUGCUGACGGGAGACCUGUCGAUUACCUAUGGAGAGGCCUUCCUUCAAAACCACAGUGUCAUCAGAGAGAUGGACCGCGUUUAUCAGCUGAUGGGAUACUGCCCACAAUUUGAUGCCAUAUUCAAACUACUGACUGGCACUGAGAAUCUGGAGCUUCAUGCCCGUCUUCGAGGAGUGCCUGAGGAGUCUGUCACCCAGGUGGCUCUGUGGUGUUUGAACAAAGUGGGACUUAGCCAGUAUGCCAAGCAAGAGGCUGGAAACUACAGCGGAGGCAACAAGAGAAAACUGUCCACUGCGAUUGCCCUCAUCGGUGCUCCGCUUGUUUUAUUUCUGGAUGAACCCACCAGUGGCAUGGACGCAAAGGCAAAAAGGUUCAUGUGGGACUGUUUCCGCAACUUCACCAAAAAGGGAAGAGCUGUCGUUCUGACCUCCCACAGUAUGGAGGAAUGUGAGGCUGUCUGCUCCAGAAUGGCCAUCAUGGUCAAUGGUACGUUUAGAUGUCUUGGCUCUGUGCAGCACUUGAAGAACAGAUUUGGUGAGGGCUACACCAUUGUCCUUCGUCUGGCAGAGAGUGAAUCCACUCCAGACAUGUGCCCUGUCAACAGCUAUAUGAAGAACUGCUUUCCAAUGAUCGAUCUGAAGGAAUGUCACCAAACCGUGCUCACGUACCAACUGCCAAUGCACGCCUGCAGCCUGGCUAAAAUUUUUAAGGUGCUUGCCAAUCAUGAGGCACUAGGCAUCAGCGCAUUCUCUGUUUCACAGACCAACAUGGACCAGGUGUUUAUCAACUUUGCAAUGGAACAAUCUGAUGCUGAAGGGCCCACAAACAUGAUCGUCAAUAACGAGACUCAACAGACCAACCUCACCACCCAGCCCAGUCAGAUGGCGCGUGCAAGAAUCCCACACGAGACACCAAAUCCACUGCCACAAAGGACCAUUGCCUCUGGCAGUAGAAGCAAGAAAGCCAGGAAAGCAUCAAAAUCUCAAUUCAAAGUAAUGUAGAAAAGGAGGACGAGCAGGAGCUUCAGUGUUCACGGCACAGAAGCUAUGUCAUCCAAUUAGAACAAAGCAGAACAACAAAGGUCCUCCUGUCUUUAUGGUUGGCUCCAGCACAGAGGACACGGCGGCACUGUGAGAUUUUUUUUUUCAUUUCGAACGUGUCUUCGAUUGAAGUAUGAACCCAUUAUCAGCCUGGAAUCCUCAAUUAUAGGCUUAAAAGCCAAAAGAGGUGUUCCUGUUUCUCAAUCCCAUUCUUGUUUUGCAUUGGAAAAUGAAAAACUCUCAAAUUCUCUCAAGAAUCUUCCAAGAUUUGUAUCUAUCUAUCUUGUUCAUUCUGUCAAUUAUAUUUUGAAAACAUUUGUAUUGCGUGAGAUAUCAUUACUUUUUUAGUCUGACUUAAUGGAUGGAUGGAUUUCUCAUUAUUACAAUAUAAUACAUGCUGAUUUAUAUAGCGCUUUCACAACAGCGGCAGCUGUAACAAAGCGCUUAAAACAGUUAACAAAGUAAAAUAAUAAACAGAACACAUAACAUAAAACACGGACAGCCG